AUGACGGCGGCCGAUGUGCUGACGGCUGCUGCCGCAGGGCAGCCCCUUUCAGCGGCGCUAAGGGCCUUCAUGCGGAGCAAGGUGCCUCAUGCCGCGGACGCGGACGAAGCGCCCACUCCAGCUGCAAGCUCCGGCGCAAGCUCCCCGGCUCAAACCACGCCUACGGCAGAGCUGAUGGGUGGCAACAGCCCCGAGCCCGGACAGGGCGGUGUGCCAAGCAAGGACAGCAGUGGGACUUGUGGACAGAUCCGCAGUCGCAGCCGCAGCCACGACGGGAGGCCUGAGAAUGGGCACUCCACAAGUCCCGGAGGUGCGCCUCAGGACGCGGCAAAGUCGGCACGGCAAGUGUAUCGCAGCUUCUGCCCUCUUCCGGUGAAGCUUUUGCCGGGGGUCCGGCGGGAGGCGGAGAUGAAUCGACCCUGGCUCAGCGUGGCAAAGUCGAUGCUGGCAGAUGCGGGCCUGGGCGUCUUUGCGCUGAGGGCAUUUCCGGCUGGAGCAAUUCUCUGCCGAUUCGAGGGUUCGUUGCUGGCCGGAGUGAAGCUCAAAGAGCCGCCAAAGCAGUCUCAGGCCUCCAGUGCGAAUGCCGCGGCCGCGUCAGCGAACGCAGGCACGAAUGGUCGGCCAAAGCGAGAUCCGAGGUCGUAUGUGCUCAGCCUCCAUUCAAGCGGAGGCUGGGUCCUUGAUGGUGGACCCGUGGCGAAGGCAAUCCGACGAGGCUCCGAGGAAGUGGAGAUCACCGUGCUGACGCCAGGAGGAGAGCACACCAAAGUCAUGCGGAAGUUGGAGGAAGUUGGAGUCGGUUGCAUGGUCAACCACGGCUCAUCGAAGUCCGCCAACGCUAAGUUCAUCCUUAUGAAAAGCGAUCGCAGUGGCUUCCUGCCGGCAGAGGCAUAUCUGCAGGCCAUGCGCGACAUCGCCGAGGGUGAGGAGCUUCUGGCCCGAUACGGCAACGCCGAGUCAACGGCCUGGGGUUGA